AUGACAGCGAAAGAGAUCAAAAGGAUCAUGGAGAAGGAGACGUCAAGGGUAAAGAGUCUCAGCUUUCAUCCAAACAAACCAGUGGUGAUCUCUGGCCACCAUAGUGGAUCUAUAAGGGCAUGGGAUUAUCAGAUGGGUGUUUGCAUCCAUGAAUUUCUUGACCAUGACGGGUCUGUAAGGGCUGUGUUAUUUCACCCCCGAGGAGACUUCUUUGUGAGCGGGGGAGAUGAUAAGAUCAUAAGGGUGUGGAGCUACACUGAAAGGAGAAUUACAAACAAGCUGAAGGGGCACGAGGACUUUGUUAGGUCGUUGGACUUUCAUCCAACAAAGCCGUGGAUUCUUAGUGCAUCUGAUGACCAAACAAUAAUGGUGUGGAAUAUGCUAACAGGAAAGCUCCUUGCAACAGCCCGAGGGCAUUGCCACUAUGUUAUGGCAGCCAGAUUUCUAGGAGAGGAGUCUAUUGUGAGCGGGUCUCUGGAUCAAUCCAUAAGGAUCUGGGAUUGCAAGGGAUUAAAGGAGGGAAACAAAAAGAAUUCAUUAUUGCCCGACAUAGUUGUAAAGCAGAUUGUAGACGGGCAUGACAGGGGAAUCAAUUCAAUAGCAGUCAAGGAUGAGAUUUUCGUCAGCGGAGGAGACGAUAGAGACAUCAAAUGCUGGGAGUGGACUGAAACGUCUGUUUGGGAAAAAGAAGUCAUGUACAACCAUCAAGGGCCUGUGACAGGUCUUUUGUGUGAUAGAAAGUAUAUAUUGAGCUCUGGCGAAGAUGGGCUAUUUUCGAUAUAUAAUACAGAGAGCAGGAAGUCCAUUGAGUGCCGCACAGAAGGGAGGUAUUGGUGUGUAGCUAACAAGGGGAACUUAUAUGCAGCAGGCCAUGAUUCCGGAUUUGAAGUGUAUCUUUAUUCCGAACCCAAGAUUGUCUGUGUAGACGAUGAAGGCUUCUUUUAUUUGAAGGACUCCAAGAUUUACUUCAGUGAUUUCAAAACUGAAAAGAUACUUUUCAAGCUAAAAAAAGAUAUGAUUUCUAUUUGUUCCAAAAGACCUUAUCUUCUUGUCCAGUAUUGCGGUAGGUUUGAUGUUCUCAAGGAAGGAAGGGUCAUUUUGGGGGAAGCUGGGGAAGGUGUGUUGUUUAGAAACUCAAAUGGAGAUGUGGAGCUAAUUAUAAGGAAUGGGGAUGGGACUUACAGGGGAGGUCUGGAUUCAAGAAGCAGAAGCCUUCUUUCUUCUUCUAAGGGGAGGUUGUUUAGAGGGAAUGACGAGUUCUUUUUCUUGGUUAAUGGAAGAAGCGUUGCUAUGUGCUUUGUUGAAGGGGAAGAAAGAUCAUUUAGUGUUCCCUUCAACCCAGUAAAGGUGGCUUGUUCCAGUGACAGAAUAUCGUUUAUUGGGAGUAAUGACAUUCUGAUUUAUGACCUCGACUUGAAUCCUGUAAACAGUGUUAAUGAGAUAGUUUCUGUUGUCGAUGGGUUUUUCUGUGAAGAUAUCUUCAUCUAUGCAACCUAUAGACACCUCAAAUAUGCAUUUGAAGACUCGGGUGUAUUGAAGAGUGUUGAGAAGCCAAUAGUUCCAUUUGCUCUUGAAGGAGGAAAGACUGUUUACUUCUUGUCUGACGAUGGGAUUGAAUGCACUGAUGUGGAUUUCACGGAGAUAAGAUUCAAGAAGGCCGUUCUUACAGGAGGAGACGUUACCUCUCUGAUUGAAGAAGGGAUGAUGCCAGGGCUUGCCCCUCUUUCGUAUCUUGUCAAGCAGAAGAAAGGAGCACUGGCUCUUCCAUACAUUAAGGACGGUAAGCAGCGAUUUGAGCUAUGCCUUAGUGAUAUGAGGCUAGAUGAGUGUAUGGAGUAUUGCAUGCAGGAAGGAGACGCAGACAUGAACAGAAGGCUUGCGGAUGCAGCCAUUAGAGAGUGUAGAGUAGACAUAGCAGAAAAGUGCCUUGAAAGCAUAAAGGAAUGGAACAUGCUGUUUAUGCUUUAUGUAUGCUCGAAGAAUGAUGAGAAGGUCAAGAGGCUUGUAGAUAAGGUGGAUUCUGUAACAAAAAACAUGAUCAUGAUGUACUUGGAGGAUGUAGAGUACUUCGGAAAGAUUGGACUGAUUAGUAGGUAUGAAGACGGAAACGAGAGGAGGGGGAUGAGUUCUGAGGAUGAAGAAUGCAGCCACACAGAAUUGGAAGCAUCUGAUUCUCUUGAAUCUAAAUUACCAGCCUCAAAAGAAGUUUUGUGGGAGGAAGAUGGGCAUGGCAAAGCCCAUUCUUUAUCAGAAGAUGAAGUAUUUCCGAACCUACCUGAGAUGAAAGAAGAGCAUAAAGCCAAGAAUCUUCCUGUCGACGAGAAAUCCCUGGAUGAGAAUAGCCAUUAUGAGACCUCUGAGGAUUUAGGCAGGAUAAUAGAAAAAGGGCUAUCUCUGACGACAGAAGGAAAGUUUGGAAAGGCAAUUGAGGCCUUCCGGGCAGGGAUUGUGAAGAUUGCGACCUAUAUUUGUGGCAACAAUGCCGGUGAAGCUUUUGUAGAAGAAAGAAGAAAGAUUGGAUCUUAUCUCUCGGGUCUGGGUGUUGAGAGAAUAAGAAGGAAGACCGAGUCUCCCUUAAAGAAUAUUAUGAUGGCCAAGUACUUUUCCGAACUUCCACUUGAAAAGGAACAUCAUAUUCUAGCCUCAUCCACAGCCAUCAUGGUGUUUAGAAAGAAUGGAAACCUAAAGCAAGCAAAGGAGUUGGCUUUAUUGCUCAAGAAGGAAGGUGGAAAUAGUAAAGUUAUCGAAAAGGCGAUUGAGGAGACAGAUCCUGAAGAUGAUUAUGAGCUUCCUGAGGGUGUGUUCUGCCAUGACGCUCUUGAAAUAAGACCUGACGCAAAAACAUGCCUAUUAUGCUUCAUCAACAACGCCAAUGGCGAUAUAUGUACAAGCUGCAGGAUUGGUAUUCUCCAAUAA